UUGCGGCGGGCGGCGGCGCGAAGGCCGUUUUCCGGCGCGCACAAGACGCAUUCGUUCCGGCCGGUCGACACGGCACGGCCUUCGCGAUGGCGGAAAGCACGAGCGAGCUGGUCCUGCACCGGCUCAACGCGGCCUGGGCCGGCGUGCACGAGCGGCUGGCGCGCUUCUUCUACACCGACGACUCGUACGAGAUGGUGGACGUGCUCAACGUCAUGCUGCUGUGCUGGGCGAUCGUGGGCCUGCUCGUGUACUUCGUGGGCACCGUGCUCACGAACCGACUGGGCCGGGCUCGGGUCCCUGCGCCGACGAUCAAGGCGACCCCGGACGACGGAUUAGACGACGUCGAGGGACCCGUCGCGUCGCAGCGAUCCGCCACGGCACAACUGGGUGCCGCCGCGCGGAGGAGCCAAGCCGAGGUGUUGACUUCUUCGUUUCCCGUGCACGCGACCGGUUCGGACCCGGACGCGGUCCUGUGGACGAACCGGAUUCUUGCCUGGCUGCUGGGACGCAAGGAGCAUCAGUUCGUAUCCGAACCCUGGAUCCAGGCACUGAACGAGAAGCUCGCCAGGUCGCCUUCCAAGCACGGCGUGGUGGUAGAGUUCGAAUGCGUGCAUCCCGACAGUACGAAACCCAAGCUACACGAUGUCCACGUUGUCCUGGAAUCUAAAGAGAGCCUCACGGUAACAACGGGCAUCACCUGCGAACGAGUCAUACUUGUGAUAAAGGUGAAGAGGCCAAAUGACGCUGACAAAGCGAUGCAUCGCUACAAUCUUCUCGUCGAAAAGCUGAGUGGAAAGCUCAAGGUCUGCUGCAUCAGCACGGAGCAACUUUUCGUCGUGCGCUUCGUUCAGCGACCCGACAUUAAGGUCUCCCUGCAGUCGGGAACUGGAGAAAACAAGCCACAUUCAGUCGAUCAACGAGCUCUGGACGACAUCAUCCUCGAAUCGGUGGUGGACGCUCUCUCGUACACCGUGACCGACCUCUCCUGCUCCGGCCAGAAGGACUUCCCCAACUUCAAGCACAGGGAGCCGGUCUCUGAGAUCAUUCAGCACACCCAGCUCGAUCAAAUGAAUUCGGUGCCUUCGCUGGCGAAGCAUGACCAGCGGCUUUUGGUGAAGGUCAUCAAGGCAUCCAACUUGGCUGGCACAAAGGGUUGCAAGGAGGUGUACUGCGUAGUGGAACUGGACGAGCCCCCGCACCGCUGCACCACGACCUCGGCCAAGGAGACGGCCAACCCGUUCUGGGAUGAGCACUUCCUCUUCACCCUCGACCAAAAUUCGUCGGAGGUGCUCUUUGAGCUCUACGACAAAAGCAAGCCUGCCGGGGAAAACUUCCUCGGCCUUGGCAUUGUGGGCAUCAGCGAGCUCAGGCGGGUGCCGAGUCAGCGCCAGAUCAUCACCCUGCAGUCGCGGCCUCUGGAGUACGACAACAUCACUGGCUCCCUAACUGUAGAGUUUCUUUACAUGGAGGGGUCCCAGAUCCCCGUGACGGCAGACUCUCAGAUGGCGACGGAAUUCUCUCAACAAAAUCGCAUCGUGGAAAAGAACAGCCGAAUCACUUCGGAUGGAAGGGUCAUCACCACAACUACCAUCAAGCGAUCGCCGACGACUGAGACUAAAACUCGACACCUCGAGAGACAAGCGGUUCUCGCCAUUGAGGAAAAACUGAAGCUCCUGGAGCAGUCUCCGCCCAAACCGCUCGACGAAUCCAUGGUGGAGUUUCUCCGGAGUCAGAUUUCCAAUGGCUGCUCCGGGGCUGCCCCGGUGCACCAGGCGCAGCGUGAUGGCCAUUUUUCCGACGGUUCGGCGGACAUGAUGCCCUCCGCACACUCUCCCAUUUUCCCGGAAGCCUCUUCUCAACCUUUGUUUGCGAAGGAUUGCGAUGACUUGACAUUGUUACCGUCGAACAUGUCAGGUGGAUCUCCAAAGCAAGAUGGCUGCCGAAGAGACGCUGCAGACGCCGACAUCCCGCCUCCGCUGCCGUCUUCCCCGCCGCCGAAUGUGUCUGGUCGGCAGAGGAUGGCGAGUAGCUCCACCGACGACAACAGCAGUCUCGUGGUUGGUGGAGAGUUUGCUUCGCAAGGUCCAUCUACUACGGAUGGUCUUCUAAACGGAGAGAGGCAAAUGGUGACCGUUGUUCUAACAACUUCGCCGCAAACGAGAACUAGCGAGAAGUCCGUUCUCGGCUCCUCGUCCGAAUCGACGACCAGCGAUUGCGGAGACCUGUAUCAAAAUGGGGCUGCACGAAAAUGGGUGGAGCCAGAAGUGGAUGGUUCGUACGGCAAGGAACCAAGGAACUCUGGCGGCUUUCCAUUUCCAAGGGCCGACCAAAACGGGAACAUUAGGCACGAUGAUGGAAGCUCCCUGACGGAAGCGGCGCUCAAGGAGUUGGAGGCCAAGGGGAGAAGCCCGACUGCCACCAAGAGCACUCUCAUCAUCCACAGCGUGCAGAGGGAAGUUGCCUGCCCAAGCUUCAAGGUGAGAAUGGACAAGAAGGGCCGUUGGCAUGAGGUUUCCCAGUCGGAUGAGACUCCGCUGUCGAUAUCGCCGAGUAGUCUACGAAAACAAGACCACAACUCGGUGGAAAGAAGCGCUUCCUCUUCAUGCAGCGAGGCUGAAGGUGAAGGAGCCUCGGAAAAACCCAAGAAGAGGACAUUGUUGGGCAAGAUCCGAAAGAGGUUGAGCUUCAAGAAGAACCGCUCCAAGUCCGUGGAAGUCCGUCCGGAUGCCGAGUCUGCGAGUCGGAGCAGCAGCCGCAGCGUCUCCACCGACCGCGCUAAGUCGGUGCCGCUUGGAAGAAACUCUCACUUGGAUGUUCCAGGUGCCCGCAACAAUGGCAGCACGCGGAGUAGCAUCAGCGAGGGCUCUGGGAUCAGCGCAGCGUCGAGCCGGACCUUUGUCAGCGACAAGUCGCUCCUCGUUGUGGAGGCAAAGGAGGACGGGGUGCUCAGGCACUACCUGAUUCCCCCGUCUCUGGCCCACCGAAGCAAGUGGCGGAGGAAAGGCGUGAAGCUGCACAUCUACAACGACCACGUGUUUGUGGCAAAACAUCUGCCUGGGGGGACUGCAUGUCACAUCUGUGCGAGGCUACUCACACGAAGGCUAGGAAAGCAAGGCUACGUGUGUAGGGGAUGCAACUUGCUUUGCCACAAGUCUUGCCACGUGAAAACAGAAACUGUGUGCAAAAACAGUUCUGUGGGCACAAUGCAAAUGGAACCAGUGGAAGAUCCACACCCUCCCAGGAUGAAGGCAAGUUGAUGAGAGCAUUCACGGCUUGCUGCACGGCGAGGUGACACCGUACGUCCGUUCCCCGACGUCGUGCGCAGCCGUCGCAUUGGUCGGAGAGUGGACUCGAUUGUUUCUUUUGACCAACUCGUGUUACAAGCACAGAGACCAAGUGAAAGGCGACACUGAAUGCGACGUCGGCAGAGAAGACAUUUUGGACCUCUGGUAUGCUCCGGUAGCAUCAGCAUUUGACCGCUUGUUACGCAUUCACAAUGUUAACCUUUUUUUUUUUAUUUUAGAAUGCAUUAAUAAGAGUGCACUUUUUGUUUUAAUGCUGACGAGCAAAAUGGAUCAAUUUGCAUUCAGAUUUUAAGAGUUGCGUCGUUUUUGAUUGCGCGAGCAAUAAGACUGCUGCAGGUCUGAAAAAAAGACUGCAGUCACAUGUCUUUGUUUGUUUGCCUGUACAUAAGUAGUUAUACUGUUUCGAAUGAAAUCUUUAGACAAAUAAAAUGUUUUAUGCAUCUAAGGACAUGCAUUUGCGUGCAUGUAACUCUGUUGAAUGGACUCUGCAGUGAGUUGUGUGUGUGCGUGUUUUUUUCUGUAUCGCUAUAAUUGACUGUACUCUGUUAUCAUUAUCUUCAAUUUCUUUAAAAAGGCAAAGUGCUGGAACUUUUGACAUAUUAAGAGGCAUCAAGUUCUUACCCUAAUUAAAGCUGAAAGUUUUUAAAUAUUUCCAGAAUAUUUGUUUAAAAAGGACUUUCGAAACAAAUGUGUGCCUGAAUUGAGUGAAAUCUACUUUCAUGAAGUUAAAAUGCAUUGAUUGCUAAAAGAGUGUCAGGUUUCAUAAUGUGAAUAGUGCACCUUCUUUGCUGAGACACUACUAAUAAUUUCUGCAUCUUGUAGUACACCCAUAAUAUUGUCCUGCUUAAACCUUCGGCAUCUUGCUUUUCUUAGAACAACUAAUGUUGGCCUUGACUGUGUUUUUAAAUUUAAUUAGGCACAUAUAGAUUGCUUGUGCUCUGCAAAAAGUGCCUCAUGCAUGUGGGUUGUUAUGAGAGUACUCUAUUUUAAGGCAUAGGUAGUUAUCAGAUGGAAAUGUCCUCUUACAACCUCUUCAUGUUAUGCACAGCCUGUGUGUUUAUUCUUUUAUGGGAUAAGUUUUUAUGUCGGGGAGUACUUGUGCUUGAUGCAGAUGCAGUUUACUUGACUCAGAAUUGUUUUUUUUUUCUUGUUUUUCGUGCUACUUCUGGAUACUGGUUUAAAUGGUAAUUAAAUUUGCCAAUGUGCCUACUUUUUUGUCCUCUUAUUUCUGACAAGGUGCUGAAAUGUUGCACAACCAGGUUUCUUGCUCGUGCAUCUAGUCUUUCAGUGUUAAACAUUUUAACAAAAUUUAAAAAUGGAAAAAAAAAAUUGGGCUGGGUAAUCAUUUUUUUUAAUGUUUUGAUCACUGUUCAUUCCAUUUUUUAGAGGAAUCAGUACAUUUCCAAAUUGCCCGAAAAUCUAGUCACAUUAGAGUAUCUCCUGCAAAUAAAUUUUAGAAUCUGUUGUGCGCUGCUUUCAAUCUGAGGUACCUUUAAAAUCUGUGCUUAGAAUUGCUAAAGAACUGUUUUUAUUGGUGAUUAACUUUUAUCCUCUCUUCCUAUUACGGUAUUGCAAAGGAGGCUGACAUAUGUGAAAUUAAAGGUGUUCACAUUCUUUUCAGAGACUUUACUGGGUCUGCAAUGCAGUGGCAUGGUGCAUGCAAAUGAUAUUUCUUUCAAUAAGAUGCCUGCUGUAAGGACUUAUUAUGUAUAUGUGCUGCGUUUUGUUUAUAAUAGAGGCACGAUAUACUUAAUUUCUGCACAUUGUGUCCCUGUAUAACCCACACGCCAUUAAAAGACAGUUGUUCUA